CUCUCUAGAGACCUGUUACCCUUGAAAAAUGGCAGAGGCGGUCUUCCGUGCGCCGAAGAGGAAAAGAAGAGUAUAUGAGAGUUACGAGUCGCCGCUGCCUAUCCCCUUUGCUCAGGACCAAGGUGCAAGGAAGGAAUUCCGAAUAUUCCGAGCUGAACUGAUUAACAGCCAUGUGGUGGUGAGGGGCACCGAGGACAUGGAGCAGCUCUAUGGGAAGGGUUACUUUGGAAAAGGCAUUCUUUCGAGAAGUCGCCCGAACUUCACCAUCUCCAAUCCCAAGCUGGCUGCCAAAUGGAAAGGUGUGCAGACAGACAUGCCUAUAAUCACCUCGGAGAAGUAUCAGCAUCGAGUGGAAUGGGCCAUGGAUUUCCUGCAUAGACAGGGCCAUGAUGAGAGCACUGUGCAGAAGAUCCUCACAGACUACACAGGACCACUUGAGCUUCCUUGCAGAAAGGGGAGAGAAGAGACCCCACGGCAUGACCCGCUGGACUCUGAGGCCGACCCCUCCCUGGAAGACAGAGUGGGAGAGGACAACCUUUCUGUGAUCCCUGGAGGCGCUGAACAGUCACAUGACCUGCAGGGUCUCGACACACACUCAGACUGCCUGCAGGAGGGGCCUGGCCAUGGUACGCUCGCUGUGGCUCGUCCAUCUAGCCUUAAUGGACAUGUGGUAGAGGACCCCACGGUUCUGCCGCAGAUCCCCUGCCUUAGCCAGAAAGCCCUCAUCGCCCAGGAUAGCCUUUGGCCUGAAGGCAGCAGCCAGGCAGCGGGAGAGAAAAGUGACACUCAUGAGUACGUGCUUGUAGAGGAAGAGCAGUGUGAUGUCCAGGAGGAGGAGGCGGCCCCAGAUGAGAAGUUGCUGCAAAGAAGGAGACUGGUGUGCAGAAGAAAUCCGUACAGGAUCAUUGAGUAUCUGCAGCUCAGCCUAGAGGAGGCUUUCUUCCUGGUGUACGCCCUGGGAUGCUUAAGUAUUUACUACGAGAAGGAGCCUUUAACAAUAGUGAAGCUCUGGCAAGCCUUCACUGCAGUCCAGCCCACCUUCAGGACCACCUACAUGGCCUACCACUACUUCCGAAGCAAAGGCUGGGUGCCCAAAGUGGGGCUCAAGUACGGAACGGAUCUGCUGCUGUAUCGGAAAGGCCCUCCAUUUUACCACGCAAGCUAUUCUGUCAUCAUAGAACUCGUGGACGACAACUUUGAGGGCUCCCUUCGCAGACCUUUCAGCUGGAAGUCACUGGCCGCCUUGAGCAGAGUCUCAGGGAACGUCUCUAAGGAGCUGAUGCUGUGUUAUUUGAUUAAGCCCUCUACCAUGACUAGCGAAGACAUGGAGACCCCAGAAUGCAUGAAGAGGAUUCAGGUUCAGGAGGUGAUUCUCAGCCGAUGGGUUUCUUCCCGAGAGAGAAGUGACCAAGAUGAGCUUUGACCUUUCAAGCCUAGAGUCCACAGUUCGCUAGCAACUCUUGUCUGUGCAGCAUCAGUUUGCCCGGAAGGAGCUUCAGCACAUUUGGGGAUCACUGGGCCCCGUGAUCUAUUGCUUUAAAGGGAGCGUCUACUCCAGUGGCUCAGCUCACCCAGGGACUUCAACCAGUAACCCACAUGACUGAAAAUCCAUCGGUGGUUUAGAAGCCUUGAAAUACUGUGAGACUGAUAUGCUCUCAAUGAACUGGUUAUUUGACAGGUUUGUGCUUCGAACACCAAAUUAUACAGUAUUAGCUAUUAAAUUUUAUCUUGCUUUGGGGAACUUUUUUAGAAUAAAAAUAAACAGUGAAGUUUUUGGAGAGAGAAUGAAUGAAGUCAACAUUUAGCAGAAUGUGGCAUUGUUACUCUCUUCCCCUGGGUUAGAGAGCAGAGAAAAUGUUGCCUGAGGGGCAUUUAGGCACCGUACUCAAUUUUUUUGUGUUGCUAUAGCAGAAUGCCUGAUGCUAGAUAGCACAUAAAGAAAAAAGGGUUAUUUGGUUCAUGCUUUUCAUGCCUAGAAAGUCUAAACAGCAUGGCACAGGCCUGGCACUUGGCAGCA